AUGCCUGUCGAGGUAGCCCUCAACACACCGCUGGCGGACGCGCUGACCGCCGCCGUUCAGCCCAAACUCAUGGAGGUCGGCUGGGCCGGCGACAGCAACGACUCUGCUCUCGCCGAAUACAUCAUCCUCAUGCUUGUCAACGGCAAGGACCAGAACCAGAUUGCCGCUGAGCUAUCAGGCGAGCUCCUCAAUUUGCCACCUGAAGAUCCCACGUCGCACGACUUUGCGCGCUGGCUGUUUGAGCAAUUGGCACAGCUGAAUGCGCAAAUCAACGGGCAGCCCGAAGCCGCCGACAGCAACGGUGCGGACGCGGCUGACGGUGGCGCGCCGUCGAACGAAAUGGACACGGACAUGGGAGCCCACGACGGCCCUGGUUUCUCUGCUCCGACUGGACCGCGAGCCCUGCGAGAAGGGAACCUCAGAGGCGGCCGGGAGAAGCGCAUGCUCGGCCACGUAUCGAAAGCCAUGGACCGCACAGGCGACCAGGCGCUGCACCGGGUACGGGGUCGUGGCGGCAUCGACACCCACUCGCGCAACGGCCUACGGGGCGGUGCGAUGCGCGGAGGCAGGGGCAACAACCGCAUGAACAACAUCCAGCACGGCAUGGCGACAGGCAUGGGCGGCCCAAACAUGAUGAUGGGCGCUGCGCCUGGCAUGGAUGUCUACGCGUUGCUCGAGCAGCAGAACCAGAUGAUGAUGCAGCUACAACAAACAAUCAUGAGCAACAACAGCAGCAGCGGAGGGCAUCGUGGACGCGGAGGCAAAUUUGAUCGCGGCAACAGGCGCGGCCGAGGUGGUCACGGACAGCACCACCACAGUACCCACGAGCAGGCGAAUGCCGAGGGUGGCGAGGCCGGCGACGUCGACAUGUCGGGCGAGAAGCGCGAACCUCCCAACCCGGAGGAGACCGUCUGCAAGUACAACCUCAACUGCACGAACCGAGAAUGCAAGUUUGCGCACCAGUCGCCGGCGGCGCCGCGCGGUGCCCAGAUCGACGUGUCCGACGUGUGUAGCUUCGGGGCCGCCUGCAAGAACUUCAAGUGCGUCGGCCGCCACCCCUCGCCCGCCACCAAGCUCGCCCACCAGAGCGAGCAGGACUGCAAGUUCUGGCCCAACUGCAGCAACAACCGCUGCCCGUUCCGCCACCCCAGCAUGCCCCUGUGCCGCAACGGGGCCGACUGUACGACGGCCGACUGCAAGUUCACACACGUCAAGACCAAGUGCAAGUUCAACCCCUGCAAGAACCCAAAGUGCCCCUUUCAGCACGACGAGGGCCAGCAGGGCGGGUUCAAGGACAUGGUGUGGACGCCCGGGGGCGACAAGGACGUCAGCGAUCGCAAGUUUGUGGAGGAUGGUGGGAACCCAGAGCUCGUCAAGCCCGAGGGCAACGCGAUGGAGGAUGAUUCUGGGGCUAAGGACGCCGAGGUCAUCACCUAG